GUAUUAAAUCCAGUGUUCUCCCCUGAAGCUUGAAUCAGUUUUGUUGAAGAGAGGGAGGAAAAACACAGCUUAAGUCACUUGUGCAAGCCUAAAAGAGUUGUUCACUCUACUAAAGACUUCCUGUUGGAAAGCAAAAUAUUAGAAAAUUGGGGGGACCAAGUUAAAAAACAGUCUUAUCCAUAAAAACUAAUAACAGAAUUAUGUAAGUGAAUUCUUUAACUCCAUUUCGUAUCUUAUUUGAAAUGAAAGUAUAUGUAAUCAAUAAUGUCUAUGUAUAUGCAAAUAGAAACUAUUUUAACUGGUUUAAAUUUCCAGUACAUGGGGCAAUAUCAAUAUUUUUUAAGAAAAAGGGUUGCAGCUACCCAUUUCCAACACCACAGAGGCUAAUGAGUGAUACCUCGCAGAGAACUGAUAGUCUGAGUUCCUGCUAGGCCAAGUAGUAAUAAGCAAUUCCAUUUCUGCAAAGUCUGAUAAGUACCCUCCCCUUUCUUGUACUUAAAAUGUACUCUGACCAUUUCUCUGUCAUCUCUCUGUGCCUAGAAUAAAUCUUAACACUUGUUCUCCCACUACGGAGGAUGUACUCAAUUCUGUAGUCCCAAAGGCUGUCCUAGAGGAAAGUUGGAGUGGGCUACACAGACCUGCCCUUUCCCCAAGCCUAUUUAGGAGAGCUACAACACUCCCACCCCCUUUUCCCAGGCCACAAGAGGGCACCAGGCAAGGUGUUCUGAUUUUCUGAGUACAGCUCAAAGGUUUAAAUUUCUAUCAACUUAAGGAAGAGAAAAAGGGUAUCUAGCCAGCAAAGAAUUAUUUUAUAGGGGAUGAGAGGGUGGAUAGAAAACUGAGGUGGAAGAAAUAACAGAUGGGUUGUCUUUGUUUCUACUACAAACCCAGUGGGUAUCUUCCUAAGAGCAAAAACAUAUGACAACUACAAUGAUUCAGCACUCAAAUGUAGUACAUACUAUUUAAGACUUAUUUAAAAGGAACUAGAGUGGUCAUUAAAUAAGAUUAGGCAAUACAAUCUUCAGGACUCAAAUGUGAAAACUAUCUGGAGAUUAUCAAACUUUCAAGGAAAUUCAAUAUUGGUUAAGUAUGUAAAAUGUAUAAAAUACAGAAUAUACCCUGAUUAUUUAUAAUUCUAGCAAAAACGGGGGGAAGGAGAAAGGAAGAAGGGAGGAAAGAGGAGGAAGGAGAUAAAGGAAUGCUGUCUCUUGUAAUCGAAAGCUAAUAACUUUAUCAAAGAUUACCAAAGUUAGAAAUACUAUUAUUACUAUAAUCUAACCAGUAAAAAGCACCUACUUACUCAUCUUUCCAAAAUAAAAGAAAAUUUGGUUAUCAAUAUACAUUGUUUAAUACUUAAAUCUAGCAUGUUUGCAAUUGUUUUCCACUCAAGAAAUUUAAGAGUUACAUUUAAAAUAACAGUUUAUCUGGGAAAAAAAAAAUCAAAUACUUUGGAUGUAGCCAAGUAUCAUAUAGUCAAGUGUAUGACCACUGAACUUACAAAGUCUACUGUGAUAGAAGAAUAGGGAUUCAGAAAAACUAUAAUAAAAAAAUAAUGCUGCGCGCCCCGGGGAGCGGCCACGGGGAGGGCCGGGGGAGGGGACGUCACCCCUGCCCACCUCCCACUGCCCCGCCUCCCACCCGCAGGCUCCCGAGCAGCAGUCUCGCCCAGCAUACCGCUGCCCGGGAACCUCCCACCGGGCUCAACUUAGGCUCGGAACUGCAGGUGAACAUCUUCACUGCCCGGGAAUCAUUGAGUGUGUGGACAGGACAGCCUCCUUGGAAGGCCGGCUAUACCAGAGUCCCGCCUCAACAUGGGCCCUGCCAUCGAGGCAGCUUCUCAGUCUGUGCCUGUCUGAGGAUGCUGCCCAUCAUGGCAUGAGGGCAGCCAUCUCCCAGGGGGCCCUCACUGCCAUCAUCUGCAACGGCCUCCUAGGCUUCUUGCUGCUGCUGCUCUGGGUCAUUCUCUGCUGGGCCUGCCACUCCAACUCUGCCAACAUCGACUCCCUCUCCAAAUCCAGUCCCAACUCCAGCCCUGGCCCCUGUCCCAAGAAGGCACCCCCGGCCCAGCUCAGCCGAAAAGGCAGCUACCUGCUGCAUCCCUGAAGACCCCAGGCCUAGCCCAGAGUCUGGGACUUAAGUCCACCCCACUUGGAACCUGGAAUCGGGAUCCCAGGGUCCAGCCAGCCUAGGGUCCAGAACUCAGAGUCCAGCCUGUCUGGAGCUGGACCCAGCAACCCAGAGUCUGGUCGGCCUGGCUCCAGGAGGGGCUCUGCUGGCCCUCGGUAGACAGGCCUGGGGUCGGGGUUCAUGAGUUGGUGCUAGGGCCAGGGCCAUCUGGACUCUGCUCCAUCCCAGCAGUCGGGGCUGGGUCCACCCGCCCCCUAGGCCAAGCGCCUCUAGGCCCUCGAGGUUGGGGAAGCAAUCCAUGGCAAUAAUGGGAGGGUGUCGAGGCUGGGCCCCUACUCUGGUCCUCCUACUGUUUGCUGGAUAAUAAAUGGAACUACGGCUUAAAAAAAAAAAAAAAAAGCUCAUAAAGUUAUAAAAUUCCUCUUUUAAGUAUUUCCAUCAAGAAAAACAAUAAACAUGGAAAAUUAUUUUCUAGUUAAAUAAAAAUAAUUUU